UUAACCUACACAUACUUUGUUGACCAAUUUGAUGUAUUCAAUGUAGGGCAUUUAUGUUAUCUGAAUGCUUAUACCUGACAAGGUGUAUAUUAACUUACAAUAUUAUACUAAACAUGAAAGUGCUGAUUAAUAUUAUUGUGAUUUCAUCGGUACUGAGUGUGGCAUCUGCAUUGUACUGUCUUUCAUGCAAAGGUAUAGCUGAGGCCAGAAAUUGUGCAGAUAUUGAGAAAUGUUCAGAUGGACAGGUAUGUUACAGUACACAGAUGAUUUCACCAAAAGGGAUAAUCUUUCGAAAUAUGGGCUGUCGCGACGUAGCGAUGUGUAAACAUGGAGUCAUUGUUGGAAAGAGAAACAUAUACAAUCGUGAAAGUAUGGUUAAUGUCGACAAGUUCGAUGAAUCUCUAGAAGCUGCAAGCAACCAGGCCAAAAUGGCAGAAGUGCGGUCUAUUUGA